UUUCUCCACAGUUAUAAUACACAGAACCCUUUCUCCAAGCUCACAUACCGCAUAAUGUCGGCCAAGGUUCCCAGAAACUUCAGGUUGCUCGAAGAGCUCGAGAAGGGCGAGAAGGGCUUGGGCGCAGAGGCUUGCUCGUACGGUCUUGAUGAUGGCGAAGAUAUGAUGAUGAGCAACUGGAAUGGCACUAUCCUGGGCCCUCCUCAUAGCGUCCAUGAGAACAGAAUAUACAGUGUCAAGAUUCACUGCGGUCCUGACUACCCUGACAACCCCCCUACUCUGCAAUUCGUCUCUCGGAUCAAUCUGCCAUGCGUUGAUCCCCAAACUGGCAAGGUUGAUCCCACCAAGCUGCCUUGCCUAGCUCAAUGGAAGCGCGAAUUCACCAUGGAGACUAUUCUGCUCGAACUUCGGCGGUAUAUGGCUCUGCCCCAGCACAAGAAGCUUCCCCAGCCCCCGGAGGGCUCUAACUUCUGAGCAACGUGAUGCUGUGAAAUGACUCGGGAACCGAAUGAGGAGUAUUCUGGUGGGUUUUGUGCGUGCGGUUUCGUUCGCGUCUUCUUUCGUUUUACUUCUUAGAGCGUGUACAGUCUAUGCAUAACGGCGGGCAUGGCGUGGUGUCAAUCGAAGCCUAGUCGCAAUUCAUCGAUUCUAGAAAUCUUUGUCGGUGUGGACUUUCCUUUCAACCUUGCUACUUAGACUAUCC